GUUUGAUGAAGAUGAUAAAACUGGAAGUCUCGUAGCCGGUCCUCCCUUUUGCUACUGGUCCGGAUGAUGUAACUUCAUUUGGUGCCAUGGAUUGCCGGUGGUGAGAUGAAUGGUGACACGCUUUUGUCAGCUCUUCCCUCAGCUCAUCAGUCAAAGCUGAUUGAAAAACUUCUUUCAUAUUUGCAGGCGACUGUUCAGGCAAUGAUAAAGGGGUAAUGUUGAAGCAGUGGUGCUGAGGUGGCUGAGGGAGUUCAUGUCGUCGCCCUUCGCAGUGUGAUGCCAGGCCCCAACCCAAAGCUAUCCCAACUGGGGAAGAUAAUGGCCAGUGUCUGGACCGCAAAAGUGACGCGACAGAGUAAUCUCCCCAUUACUCUCACCAUGUUUGGUGUCCAACAAAUGACGCCAUCUCCGGAGCUGAAGAGGUCGCUAUCCGGGCCGGCCCCACAAGUCCGAUAACGGGGCGAGCUCCCCCACAGUGCCCGAUGCUUGCUCUCUGUCACUCUCAACAUCGACACAAACAGCUACUGACUGAGAGCCUCAUCUCACUCAUUCACAUUCGGCCUGUACUCAGCCCACGGGAUUGGUUUUCUUUACCUUCUUCCUUCGUGCCGUCCUCAUUUCACACCUGGAAGUCUUCUAAAAAAUGUCCCUCAUAGCCAUCGGCCAACUGACAUCCACCUCCUCCCUCCCUCACAACCUCACCCAAUGCCGCACCCUCAUCGCCCGCGCCGCCUCCCUCAACUGCAAAGCCCUCUUCCUCCCCGAAGCCUCCGAUUACAUUGCCUCCUCCCCCACCGAGUCCCUCUCCCUCUGCCAGCCCACCAACAAAUCCGAGUUCGUCACCGGUCUCCGCGCCGAAGCCAAAAAACACAACCUGGCCAUCCAUGUUGGCAUCCACGAGCCAAGUUGGACAGACCCCAAGACCAAGAUCCGCAACACGGUGAUCUGGAUAGAUGAGAACGGCCACAUUGUUCAUACCUAUCAGAAGGUGCACUUGUUUGAUGUUGACCUGGGGGAGAGCGGAGGGCCGGUGUUGAAGGAGAGUGCAGUGGUUGAGGCGGGGGAGAAGGUCGGGGAGGUGUGGGACGUAGAGGGGGUGGGGAGGGUGGGGAGUGCGAUUUGUUUUGAUAUGCGCUUCCCGGAGAUGAGUUUGGCGUUGCGACGAAGGGGCGCAGAGAUCAUCACAUAUCCUUCUGCUUUUACAGUCCCAACAGGAAAGGCACAUUGGGAAGUGCUUUUACGGGCGAGGGCGAUAGAGACACAGUCUUAUGUCGUUGCUGCUGCGCAGGUCGGGAGACAUAAUGAGAAGAGGGUUAGUUACGGGCACAGCAUGAUUGUUGAUCCAUGGGGCAAGAUCGUGGCCGAGAUCAAGGGGCGUGAAGGAGAAGACAAUCCAGAGCCAGAGAUUGCUACUGCUGUGAUUGAUAGGGAGCUGCUGGCCAAGGUGAGGAGGGAAAUGCCGUUGAAUCGGAGGAUAGAUGUUUAUCCCGAGAUUUGA